CUGGAGAUCCUGUUCCUCGGCACAGGGGCGGCCAUGCCGUCCAAGUACCGCAACGUGACGGCGACCUACCUGCACAUCUUUGCACGCGGGGGAAUGCUGCUGGACUGCGGGGAGGGGACCUACGGGCAGCUGCGGCGCCGUUACGGGGCCGCCGCGGCUGACGCCGUCGUCGCCGGGCUGACGUGCGUGUGGAUCAGCCACAUCCACGCGGACCACCACGCCGGCCUGGCACGAAUUCUGGCCGUGCGUUCCGCGCUGCUGGGCCUGGGCGCAACGCCGCUGCCGGUGAUCGGCCCGCGGCCGCUGCGGCGCGUGCUGGCGGCUGUGAGCCAGCUGGAGCCCAUGGCAUUCCGCUACAUAGACACCUCCAACACCCUGCCCCUGCCACCUGACCAGGCACCUGAUGAGGUGGAUGGCAGUCCCCGGGCGGCUUUGGAGGCAGUGAAGGCAGAGCUGGGACUGGAGCGGUUGGAGAGCUUCCCGGUGGUGCAUUGCGCGCAUGCGUUCGGCCUCGCGCUGGCCUCGUGCGACGGCUGGAGCCUGGCGCUCAGCGGUGACACUCGCCCAUGCGCCGCCGUCGUGACCGCCGCCAAGGACGCCACCGUGCUCAUCCAUGAGGAUGGAGAGGGAUAUGAGUACGAGCAGGAGGCGGUCGCGAAGCGGCACAGCAUGACGCACGAGGCUGUGGCGGCCGGCCAAGAUGCGCGCGCGUACCGGACGCUGCUGAGCCACUUCAGCCAGCGCUACCCCAAGAUCCCCACCAUCGACGCCUCCUUUGCUGCCUCUACCUGCAUUGCCUUCGACCUCAUGUCCGUCAACCUGCAAGAUCUGCCAACCUUGCCUGCGGUGGUGCCAGCGCUGCAGCUGCUGUUCCAGGACUCUGAGAAGGAGGAGGCGGCUGACGCA